AUGAAGACGGAUCAAGACGAAGAGCCCAAAAUAGUUGGUUCACUCGACUCCCACCAAUCCCAUGACACGAGUGGUAGCAAUUCCGCUGGAGAUCAGUUGAACAAGAAAUAUAUCCACCCCGAGCUUGGAGAACUUAACAUCACCGAAAACCAGUACACUCGGCUUGAAAAACUUUUAAAAUUACCGCAGGACUCGAUAAAGUGGUUCUCAUUGACACGUCUUCGAGUUGUCUCGUGGAUAUCGGAAUACUUGUAUAUUUUAUACCGUUAUACGCUCCCCUACAUUGACGCGGAGAGGUUCGAAGCAUUCUUGCUUGCUGCGGAAAAGGUUGUCGCGCUGCGUAAGCAGAAGAAGCCCAUGAAUGAGAUCGUGGACGUAGCAGGUGAUUAUAUACUUUAUCACAGACUUACCUGGUCCUCUUCGUCCGCCUACGAGAAAGGCUAUAUCCGGUUUUUUGUCGGUCACAUACUGUGGAGUUUCUUCGAAAAAUAUCCAAAGUAUAUACCGACCCGAACGACAGGGAAGAAUCCAAUGAAACAUGCUUUGAAUUGUUUACUGGCAUCCUCAGACUCGGAAAUUGCACAGUUAAUUACAGAAAUUUGCGUGCUCAUACCGAAUGUGAAUGAUGAUGUUACAUGGGCUGAUGGAAAAUUGAUAAAUUUGUCGAGACGGGUUCUGGGCCUGUUGAAGGACGCAAAGGAAAGCAAUGAUACUCCAUCGCAAAAAGUGUGUGAAAGUGGGCAUACGAUCAGUCUACGGUUAGCUCUGGCACAGCAUGUCGAUGAAAUAAAACGAAGAAGUCUGAUUGCGAAAGCGUUGAAAUAUUCUAAGAAGAUAUAUGGAGACUAUCAUUCCAUGACUUGGGACUGCACUGAGCGCCUGGGUAACUAUUAUUUGAACGACGCAUCGGAACAUACUUUACGCUACUGGUUUUCGCAAAUACAAGGUGAUAGGGUGAGGGCUGUGAUGGGACUAUACGAAGAUUUUCUAGAUAGUGCCGAGGAACAUGGAAAGAAUGGAAAUCUUAGCGACACGUUUCUUGAGACUUUUUUGUCAUUAUUGAGAGAGCAGGUUGUUCCUGCUCUAGCAAAGUUGUACAUGGAACAUGGCAAAGACCGCAAAGCGAGAGCAUUGCUCUGGAAGUUUACGAAGGAAAUUAGUUCUCAGCUUUACGAUGAAAAUUGGACACCUUUCAUUGGACUAGGCAAAUCGACACGUCUAGUGAGUACAUUGCGUUUGGCAGAAGGACUCGGCGCCUAUUCAAAUCUCAAGUACAGCACUCUUGAUGUGGCGAUCUUUCCAUUUGACCAGAUAUCUCUAUCAUCUGUGAAGCCCUCGGAUGAGGAGAAGACCAGGAAGUGGCAUUUUUUAUGCGUCAGAUUGCCAAAAGAGGAUGUAUCUGUUACAAAGACUGUUGUUGAAUGGAUGCCGGGCUUGGAAGGAGGGUAUGAGGCACAAACAAUUGUCACAACUGAGGGUGCCAUGAUCCUUGAGCUUCCAUAUAUCACCUAUAGCCAUUUCCGGUCUUCCCAGGCAUAUCGAAUGGGGAGAACAUAUGAUUAUUACCGCAAGGGUUCUAUGAAUCAACCACAACUUACGGAGUGGCUGAAUGACAAAAGCCAUGAUUCUAUUAUUUACUUUUCAGGUCAACAAUAUUCUGAACACAUUGAUUCUGCCCAUAUGCCGUCCGUUAGGGGAAGUGUUCUGAUCGACCCCGAGAAAGGCGAGAUUGAAAGAUUUGUGUAUGACAGAGAAACUGGGACAUUGGACAUGACAGAGCAAAAAUAUAUCCCCAAAGAAAUCAACACACUUCUAACACCCAGAAUUCUUGACGCUACCAAAUGUGCCACAUCGGCUGCCGGAUUUUUCAACGAGACUCCCGGUGAUAUUGCUAUCCUAGACGGAUCUGGUGUUGUAGCAAACGGCUAUAAUCUGGUUUCGGCAGAAUGGCACGAUUGGAAGCGAUUCAUCCUGCAUCCAUGCACGUCAUUAGAAACCCAACCAGAACUGAUCUCUGCAGAUGGGUCCGUGAUUCCUGUCCUCGGCUAUAUAUACGGCAGCUGGACAGAGCACGGUCUUCGUAAGAAAUGGACAGGAUUGCAGAUUUGGGUGGUACAUGCUAGGUUUCAACUGUCCGUAGAGACAGACUCUCUCCAUAACGAGCCUUCCUGUCACUUUGUGCUCAACACUGAUGACCUUUGCAAGGGGAGGGAACAUGAGUUGUCAGCAACCGAGAUCCGAUCAAUGUGCACCUUUCUCAACCCAUCACUUCUUCGGGUCAUGAACCACAGCUACCUAGAGCCUCCGAUAUGUACAUUCGCCCAAGGGUUUCCGGAUAAUUUUAAAGGUGUCACUGUUGAAGCACCCGAGCCUUCUAAACAUUGGAAUCUGCUUGCAGAGCUCUCCUUUCGCGACUCGUGGGAUACUCAGUUUGCCGAAAUAUGUCGGAAUACUUAUCUGGAUCCUUCUCGGCUCGAGAUUAUAGAAAAGCAGAUCAAGGAGGAAACGGCCAGGCGGAGGGAGUGGGAUCCGCAAUACCUACGCGUUGUUAGACACUGGGUUAGAACUCGGACGUGA